AUGACUGCUUGGGAUAAUGAGGGUCUUACACAACGAAUUGAUGUACCAAUAUCACUGCGAAGUGCUUCAGUAUUAUCUAUGACAUCAAACAAUUUUAUUGUACCAUUUUCAAGCAACUAUCUAAACAUCAAUCAGUUUACACCUUCUCAAUGUACUAGUUACAAUACACUCAAUGAUAUAACACGUUUUUCAAACUAUACUGGAUGUUGUCCUUAUGAUUCUGGUUUGUCUGGUUGGUAUAAAGUGACUUGA